AUGGCAUCAGAUAGAAAUCUUACGUCAAAUGCUCCUCAAUUUUCUAUAAAUGAUAAUGAAGAUGUUUCAUCUGAUUAUAAUAAUACAAGAAAUCCAUUUGCUGAUGAAGAAGGAGAUAUAAGUUCAUUUUCAUCAUCUUCACAAAAUCAAAGAUUAAAUAAUCAACAACAUCAUAACAACCAACAAUCAUCUCAUUUAGAUUCUGAAUAUGGUAAACCUUUUAAUGCUUAUAGUGGAUAUUAUUCAAAUGGUGGUAGUUCUAACUUAUUAAUACAUGAAAAUUCAAGUUCAGAUGAAACAAGAUUACUAAAUAAAGAUUAUAAUAACCACAAUAAAUUAAAUCCUGGAAGUCCUGCAGAAUUUGAUAGAUAUCCUUCAAUGGCUGGUUCAAGAGUUGUUUCUUCAACUUCUUUAGCUUCUCAAUUAUAUAAUCAUCCACAAGAUAAACAAUCAUCUACGACAACAAAACAACAAUAUAUUCAAAAUUCUACAUCUUCAAAUUCAUUGGAUGAUUCAAGUUCAAGUAAAUCAUCAAGUCCUUAUCCAAAUGACUUUAGUCCAUUUGGUGGUUAUCCUGCAUCUUCAUUCCCAUUAAGUAUAGAAGAUAAAGAACCAGAUGAUUAUUUACAUAAUCCAGAUCCUGUAAAAGAUGCAGAAUAUGAUAAAAAUAGAUUUAUACAUGAUAUAAAAAAUUUAGAUAAAAGAUCAACUGGUGGAUUAAUUGGUAUAGUGUUUUUAGGACUAGCUGCAUUAGUUGUAUUUGUUGUUUUACCUGCUGUUACAUAUUCUGGUGCAACACAACCUUAUCAUCCUCAAUCUUAUGAAAUAUUAACUCAUUAUUCUUAUCCAAUGUUAAGUGCUAUAAGAACUAAUCUUAUAGAUCCUGAUACUCCAGAAGAUGCAUUAACUUUACCUUCCAAAAAUGGUGACAAUUGGUCAUUAGUAUUUAGUGAUGAAUUUAAUGCAGAUGGUCGUACAUUUUAUGAAGGUGAUGAUCAAUUUUUUACAGCACCAGAUUUCCAUUAUGAUGCAACAAAAGAUUUAGAAUGGUAUGAUCCAGAUGCUGUUACAACUGCAAAUGGUACAUUAACUUUAAGAAUGGAUGCUUUUAAAAAUCAUAAUUUAUUUUAUAGAUCUGGUAUGGUACAAAGUUGGAAUAAAUUGUGUUUUACUCAAGGUAGAAUUGAAAUAAGUGCAAGAUUACCAAAUUAUGGUUAUAAAACUGGGUUAUGGCCUGGUUUAUGGACAAUGGGUAAUUUAGGUAGACCUGGAUAUUUAGCUUCAACUGAAGGUGUAUGGCCUUAUAGUUAUGAUUCUUGUGAUGCUGGUAUAACACCUAAUCAAUCAUCUCCUGAUGGUAUAUCAUAUUUACCAGGUCAAAGAUUAAAUUCUUGUACAUGUCCAGGAGAAUCUCAUCCAAAUAGAGGUGUUGGAAGAGGUGCACCAGAAAUUGAUGUUAUUGAAGGUGAAGUUAUGUCAAUUCCAGCUGGUUCAAAAAAACAAUCAAAUGGUGUUGCUUCACAAUCUUUACAAUUAGCUCCAAUGGAUAUUUGGUAUAUGCCAGAUUAUAAUUUUAUUGAAAUUUUUAAUAGUUCAAUAACAACAAUGAAUACUUAUGCAGGAGGUCCUUUUCAACAAGCUUUUUCAGCAACAACAAUGUUAAAUAUAACAUGGUAUGAAAGAGGUGAUGGAUUAGAACAUAAUUAUCAAAGAUAUGGAUUUGAAUUUUUAAAUGAUGAUAAUGAUGGUUAUUUAAGAUGGUUUGUUGGUAGAGAUCCAACAUUAACUGUUUAUUCAAAUGCUUUACAUCCAGAUGGUAAUAUAGGAUGGAGAAGAAUUUCAAAAGAACCAAUGUCUAUAAUAAUGAAUUUAGGUAUAUCAAAUAAUUGGGCUUAUAUUGAUUGGAAUACUUUGGUUUUUCCAACAACUUUUCAUAUUGAUUAUGUAAGAGUUUAUCAACCACCAUCUCAAAUUAAUGUUGGUUGUGAUCCUGAUGAUUAUCCUACUUAUGAUUAUAUUCAACAACAUUUAGAUAUUUAUCAAAAUGUUAAUUUAACUUCUUUUGAAGAUGCUGGUUAUACUUUUCCUAAAAAUAAAUUAACUGGUGGUUGUUAG